UCUAAUACCGGAUAUACGGCACGAGUUACUUCCCAUCCCGGAAAUAUUGCCAUAGUGAUAAAAUUAUCAUCUAAAUAUGUAAAUUUUAAGGUUUUUCUUUGAAAAUUUAUCAUUAAAUAAUAUUUUGAAUUAUGAGUCUCACAACAAGUUCAGCAACUUCUGGAGAUAUUGUUCCACCUCCACCGGCAGAUAUUCCACCACCACAAGCUUCAACAGAGGCAAUUAACUUUUUAGAAAGUAUUGUGCCAGAAACAGAUUUCAAGUACUUAACAUUCGAGGACCAUUUAGUUACUACAUCUGACACUGGAAAAGAACUAGGAGAGUUUGCAGUGACAAUCGAGCCAACAAAACACAAGGGACAAGAAUGUUUUCUCGUACAUGCUAACAGUCAUGGAGCUAUAGAUGGAGUACCAUGUGGGACAUCUAUCACAGCUUAUGUAGGAAAUAAUCUCGAGACAUUAGAACAACAACACCAUGAAUACGUAAAGCUUGAAAAUUGUCCGCUUGAUAGAAAAACAUUCAUAGUUAAACAGGAUGGUGAUUUUGUCAUUAACAGAGUUAUAACACAAGGGGAGGAUAUUCAAAGAUCAUCUAAAACAGUAAACCAUGAUGCCAUGAAAGGGUUCAUCUCAGAGGGUUCCAAUCUCCUUCUUCAUAGAAUGUUCAUAGAGAAAGGAAUACCUGAAAAUUUACAGCUGAUAUCGUUCGACUCGGAUACAAACUUAUGUCCUGCCAUUUAUAGACGACUUGAGGAAAGAACACAGACAGUAGACAAAACAGAGCUGAAGGUGUUUGGUAUUGAGAGAACCAUUAAUUCAGCUGUAGAUCUACCUACCACAUGGCAAUCCUAUUUUAUGAAAGAUGGACACUUGACAAACAGAGUACAAGUUGGUUCCCCGGUCACAAUGAAACUUGCUUUUGUUCCUCCUUACAUAAUCAGAGACGAAGAGCCACCAAAACCCACGUUUGAGAAGCAGCCAUUAAGAUGGGAGGAUGAUGCCCAACUUUACUCUCAGUUUCUCGAUAGAAAGGAGGAGCUAAAAGCUGACCAUGCGAAAUACAUGCGACAUCAUCCAGAACUGAAAGCUCUACUGGCCGACUUUAUGCAAUUUUUGUUGCUACGGAAACCCGAUGACGUCAUCUCCUUUGCUGCUGAAUAUUUUGCUGCAUUCUCCACGACGAUGCCCUCUCCGUCACCGUACCUAGCCUCCACCAGCGUAACACCUUUCCCAAACAGCAGAACUAACACCAAAAUAGAACAGCUACGAGCCCCUACACGAUAGAAUGUUGAUAAUGAAAAAAACUUUGAUAAUAAUUUUACAAAUCUUACUUGUGCUAACAAAAUGUGUUAUUUUGAGAAAAGGGAUUGAAAAACAAAAAUAAAAAUAGAAAAAAUUAUUCAUUAUUUUUUUGAAUUCUAGUUAUGGAAAAAUUAAGAUGAAAAUAAAAAUAAAGAUCUGAAAUUAUAUUCAUAUUUAUAUAGUAUCGAACUGUUUUUCGUCUAGCAAUAACUAUAUGCAAAAUUUGAAGAAAAAAACUACAAAGAAAAAAAAAAAAAAAACAACAAAACAAGCCAGUCAGUCCACUUGACUUUUAUAAUUUUUCUUCUUUUUAGAUUUUUUUCUUUAUGGAUUACAGAGUCUGACAAUGCCACAGUAUUUUUUUUAUUACAGGUAUUUGAUUUUUUUUGAGAUUAUUAAAAUGUAAAAAAAUUGACUUCUUAUAAAUGUCAUCACAUCACUUUAUUGCCAUUUUAAGAAUUCCAAGCAAUUUUAUUUUAAAAAAAUAAUCAUAAAGCACUUAAAGAUUAAUUGAUAUACAUGUAUGACAAGCUUAUUAUGCAGAGCUUUCAUCAAUAUAACUAUAUUAAUGUAUCAUCAAUAUUUUUUGUGGAUCAAUAAUUGAUACAGAUUUGAAAAAAAUCAAUAAUUUUGACUAAUCAAUUAAAUGUAAAGAAAAUAUGAAAAUUUACCCAAAACAAAUAUAUAGAUGUAAGAGCCAUGUCUAAAACUUUGGUGUCAUUAUGUAAUGGACAUAAAUUAAUGAGCCGCGCCAUGACAAAACCAACAUAAUACGUUUGCGACCAGCAUGGAUCAUGAUCAGACUGCGCGGAUGUGCAGGCUGGUCUGGAUCCAUGCUGGUCGCAAACUCAUUAUGUUGGUUUUGUCAUGGCGUGGCUCAUAUGGUCGUGGGAAAAAAUUUCAUGCUAUGGGCAUUUUAUUAAUAUAUACAAGACCAAUUGUAAUUGUAUGAGCAGAACAUAUACAAUGUAUUUUACUGAAUUCAUUUAAACAGGUAUGAAAGUGAAUAACAGACAAGUCUUUAUAAGUAAUUAUCGAUAUAUUGGUGUUUGAUAUAUUGGUGUAUCGUGGAUAUUUGUCAUCAGAUAUUGAUAUACCGUUGAUAUGCUUUGCACUGAAUUAAUGACAGCUCUUGUAUUAUUUUACUGUUAUUUGAAGUGAUUUGUAAACAUCUAGCUGUUUAAAGUUAUUUAAGUGUUUGUAGAAGCAUAGGAAAUAUGAUGUUGUUUUUCUGACACUGUGCAUCAUUGCAACAAAUAAUGUUAAUUUUGUUAUAUUUGCGGUAUUUAUAUAUGAUUUAUAAACAGAUUGGGUUAUAGGUUUAUCGUUAGACACCAGUCAGAUCUUGUACCAGUCAAACAGAAUCUGUGUUAUUUGUUGAAACAAUUUGUUUUGUAUAUUUUGUCUUGUGUAAUGUUUUGUUGAAUUGUGAAGUCAACUUAUGAUACAAAAUAAUCCUAUCUCAUAGUUUUGAGACUUUCUUAUUGAAAAUGUGUCAAGAGUUAAAUUGUAUACCCAUACAUGCAUGGUGCAUUGACUGGAGGGCAAGUAUUAGUUACCCGCACCCUAGUUACCACGCUGUCUGUCAGAGAUAAAAAUAGAGCAUGCUCAGUGAUUGGCUUAUUUUUUUAAGAUUUACUUGUGAUAACAGUGAAAUUGAUAAGUUAGAAAAGUUACAUACAGAUGCCUGUUACAUUGAUAUACCUUUUUCUUGGGUUUCAUAUUUUGAGAACAGGAAAGGUGUUAUUGUUGCCUAUAAUACAAAAGAGAAAGAACAUGAAAACACUAUUGUAAAUGUCAGUUUGGAGUGACAAACAUAAGCUAUCUGUUGAUUUUACAAAUAUUUCAAGCUGUAUAUUUAAUAUGUGCAAACCAAUUCAACUGUGUUCUCAAAACACAUUAUGCUACACUGAGGUCAAAAAGCAUAUAAAACAUAAAACUCUUACAUACAUGUACAUGUAGAUCUAGUGGAGCACUUCAAAAUGGAAAAGUUUGCAAAGGAUAAUUAAAAAAUUACCCAGGACUGAAGUGAAUAUGGAAUUUUCGUGAGAUUUAUAGCCCAGGCUGAGCAAAAAGUGUUGCAAUGCCUUUUUUGUUUGGGGAGGUGGGGAUCAUUUUGCACAAUAAAAAAUAUUUUUCAGGAAAUCAGAAAAAAGUUAGUGAGGGAAUGAUUUGAAAAUUUGCACAUCAGUUAUUGGUUUAGACUUACAUCAAAUGGUACACAAAUCUCAAAAGAAUAUUUCCAAGCCUGUCAUGUUAGAAAACCUCAGUGGAGUCCCUUUAAAAUCGUUUAGUUUCCAGGUUUCUGGUUUGAAUUAAAAUCAGUGUGCCAGUCUUGAAUUCAAAUAUUUGAUUGGUUGUUGACAAUUUGGUAUUGACCAAUGGCAAAGGGUCUUUUGUACUGGUCUCUGUAUGAUAAAAUUCAUUAGUUUACACCUACCAAGUAUUGUUGUUAAAUGUCUGUGUUAAUAUAGGUGGUGCAUACUGAACUGUCUCACUUUAAAUAUAGUCGGGGGCAAACUUUUUUGUCUUGCAAUUUGUAAGAAAAUGAAAUAAGUUAGUGAAUUUUCACUAUUUAUUUUCUCUUCCUACAAAUGGUUUUUUAUUUUGAUUGGGUCAUUUUUUCACCUUUUUUUAAAGUAUAUAUAAAUUUUUUGUCCCGGAUAAAAAAACUAAGAGUUAGAACAUGAAAUUUUUGUUGAAAUUGUUGUAAUAUGAGUAAUAAUUCUGAGAUAAUAUGAGCAUUGUGACGUAUGUUUUGCAUCACCUAUAAAUUAUAUGUGAAAAAAAAAUCAAAUGUGAUACAUAAAUAUAUGUAUAAAAAUUGUUCUUCUUUUAUUAAAAAGGUUGUAAUGCUUAUAUGUGACAAGUAUUUUAUGUAUUAUAUUUAUAUAAUGUUUAAAAAUAAACCUCAUAAGUAAAUAUAUAA